AUGAAGGCCCGGCGUGUCCCCGAGCGGACCGUGCUCUUCCAGCGCGAGAGGAGCGGCCUGACGUACCGCGUACCCGCGCUGCUGCCCGUGCCCCCCGCGCCCACCCUGCUGGCCUUCGCGGAGCAGCGGCUCAGCCCAGACGAUGCCCACGCCCACCGCCUGGUGCAGAGGAGCGGCACGCUGGCCGGGGGCUCCGUGCGGUGGGGCGCCGCGCGCGUGCUGGGGACUGCGGCCUUGGAGGAGCACCGGUCCAUGAACCCCUGCCCGGUGCACGACGCCCGCACGGCUACCAUCUUCCUCUUCUUCAUCGCGGUGCGGGGUCGCACACCCGAGGCCACGCAGAUCGCCACGGGCAGGAACGCCGCGCGCCUCUGCUGCGUGACCAGCAGGGACGCGGGGCGCAGCUGGGGCGCCGCCAGGGACCUCACGGAGGAAGCGGUGGGCGGUGCCGAGCAGGACUGGGCCACGUUCGCCGUCGGCCCGGGCCACGGCAUCCAGCUGCGCUCAGGCCGUCUGCUAGUGCCAGCCUACACGUACCGCGUGGACCGGCGGGAGUGCUUCGGCAAGAUCUGCAGGACCAGCCCCCAUGCCUUCACCUUCUACAGUGACGACCACGGUUGCACCUGGCACCGUGGAGGCCUUGUGCCCAACCUGCGCUCGGGCGAGUGCCAGCUGGCUGCAGUGGACGGCCAGCAGGCCGGCAGCAUCCUCUACUGCAACGCCCGGAGCCCCCUGGGCCGCCGCGUGCAGGCGCUCAGCGCAGAUGAGGGCGCCUCCUUCCUGCCUGGGGAGCUCGUGCCUGCGCUGGCCGAGACGGCCCGGGGCUGCCAGGGCAGCAUCCUGGGCUUCCCUGCCCCACUCUCCAGCAGGGCCAGGGGUGAGGGAUGGUCGGCAGAUGCCAGGAACCACCCCGAGUCCCCACAGCUCUGUCCUGGAGUCCAGCAACAUUCAGAGGAGGGCACUACAGACACCCAAGGGGGCCAGGGGCUCGGCGGGAUGGAGGGAUGGAAGGGCAGCCCUGAGGAGCCUGGCCCGGGGCCUGGACUCAGUGGGACCAGGGACGCCUGGGCCCCGAGUCUCCCUGGGCCCCCUGCCACCCUGUCUCAGAGCCCCACCUGGCUGCUGUAUUCCCACCCGGUGGGGCGCAGGGCUCGGCUCCACAUGGGAAUCCACCUGAGCCGGUCCCCCCUGGACCCCCACAGCUGGACAGAGCCCUGGGUGAUCUAUGAGGGCCCCAGUGGCUACUCUGACCUGGCAUCCAUCGGGCCCACCCUCAAGGGAGCCCUGACCUUUGCUUGUCUGUAUGAGAGUGGGGCCAGGGUCUCCUACGAGGAGAUCUCCUUCUGCAUGUUCUCCCUUGCUGAGGUCCUGCAGAACGUGCCGGCGGGCCCUGUGCCGCCCAGCCGCGGGGGCAAGCCUCGGGAGCGCUGCCGGCCUUCCUGAUGGGCUCUCUGGCCAGACGCAUUUGUAUGUCCCUAACACUAUGCUUCAAAAUAUGACACAAAAGUGGGCAGACCUAGAGGAGAAAACAGAGCCAUAGCUGUCGUAGAAAAUUUUAGACACACGUCUCGGUAACUGACAGAGCAAACAGACAAAAUCACUGAGGACACAGAAGAUUUGCCAACCUGCCUAGCAAACUUGACUUAAUUGACACAUACAGAACACAGCACAAAACAACCGCAGAAUACUAACAUAAGAUAAUAAUAAAAAAAAAAACCCGCAGAAUAUAGUCUGUUCAAAUAUACCCCUUUGUAAAUUUGACAUCAUGUUGGAUCAUGAAAUCAAGUCUCUACAAGACUUUGAAGGAUUGAAAAUUGCAGUGAAAUUGAGCUAGAAAUAAAAAUGAAAGGAAAUUUAAAAUAUUCCUGUGUUUGAAAAUUGAGAAACACGAUUCUGAAUAACUCCUGGUUCAAAGAAGAAGCUCUAGUGAAAAUGAGAAAAGAGUUUGAAAUUAAUUAUGUGAACAUGUGAGAUGAGGGGAAGAGGGUCCGCCGCUGAUGCCCCCACCUUAGAAAGGGGCAGGAAACUGAGUCCAAGGAGAGGAGAAGGAAGAGAACAAUCCAGAACAAAACUAGAGGGAUAGGAAGAAUCAUACGGUAGAGGGAAUGAAUGGAACCAGGUCCGUUUUUAGAAAACUAAUAAAGCUGAUGACCCCUGUUGAGACUGAUGAUAAAAAAAGAAAGAACACACGAACAACCAGCAUCAGGAACGAGGCAGGGCAUGCGAGGUUCCUACAGAUGUUCGAAGAUUUCAAGAAGAUAUUAGGAGCCAUUUUAUGCCAAAACCCUUAAAAAUUUAGAUGAAAUGCACAAUUCCUGGAAAAAAUACAACUUAUUAAAGAGGAACUAGAAAGUCAGAAAAAUCCUAUUAAAGACUCUGAAGUCAUAAUUUAAAAUCUGCACACUAGGAAAAGUUCAGGUGGCCUGGCUUUCCCUGUGAAUUCUGUCAAACGGUUCAGGACGAUGCGUGUUGGUUUACGGGAGAGUUGCGCUUUGUAAGAAAUUGCCAAGCCUGUCUUCCAAAGGGGCUGCACCGUCUGUAUGUCUUUUCGAUGAGUGUCUGUUUAGAGCUUCUGCCUCUUUUUAAAUUGGGUUGUUUGUUUUGUUAUUGGCGAGUUUUAAGCGUUGUUUGUAUAUUUUGGCAACUGAGCAUAUUGAAAGAUGCUCCAUAUCCUAUGUCAAGGGGGUGGGGGUUGGUAGGGUCCCCCUGCACGCGAUUAGGACCAGAAUCCGGAACGCGGCCAGCACCGCCUGCUGGCGAGGAUGAAAAUGGCAGGCGCUCUCCCUCGGGGACCGGGCAGCCACGUUGGAAAACAAGUUUGAUGGUUUCUUACAAAAAACAGCCUCUUACCGUAGGAUCCAGCAGUUGUGCUCCUUGGUAAUUAUCCAAAUGAGUUGAAAACUCAUGUCCACACAAAAACCUGCACAUGGAUGUUUAUAGCGGCUUUAUUCAUAUUUGACAAACCUUGCAAGAAAUCAGGAUGUCCUUUAGCAGAUGAAUGGACCAGCGGUGGUCCAUCCAUCCAGAGAAGACAUAGAGGACCCUGAAAUGUGUGUCACUAAGUGAAAGGUUACAUGCUGUGUGAUUCCAUGUGACGUUCUGGAAAAGGCAGGCCUUUGAAGACGGUUGCCAGACGUUGUGGGGAGGAGAGAUGAGCAGUGGGGUGCAGAGGACUCCGUGUGAGGCUGUCACGGGGGGGACGUGUCACUGUACGUUUGUCCAAAGCCACAGAGUGCGCGACACGGAGAGUGAGCCCUGGUGUGAACGACGGACUUCGGUUAAUGAUACGGCAUUGCCGUUGGUUCAUCAGUUACAACAAUUGUACCCCACCAACGGGGGAAGUUAACCGAGGGGAAACUACGUGUGGGGACGUUGGGGGUGUGAUGUAAGCUGAGAAUCACGGCUCGAUUUUCUGCAACCUCAAACUGCUUUAAAAUGGGUCCACAGUUGUGACAACAGUGUAGCCAUAAACUCAGCAAGCAAGAAAAGAGAAAGAAGGAAGUGCACAGUGAUAGUUGCAGAAUCCUGAGCCUAUUCAAGCGGCCAGUGGACUCGUGUAAACGGCAUCAGCCUUCUCACCACGAGUCAGUCGGCUCGGACACAGACCGUACAAGGGGUGGGGGGGCUGCUGGGCUGGAAUCAGAGGGCAUAGGAUUCCCCCCCGCCGCGAGGGGGGAGGUUGAGCCGCAGUGGGGGGGCUCCAGCGAUUGGGGUCAACAUCAUCAUGUUGGCUCUGCCACCUUGAUUGCCCUCAGGAGGAACCCCCCCCCCCGAAUUCUCCAAGACUUCAGGAGCCUCACCCUGACACGAAGAGGCAACUGUCCACACCAACUAACCUACUGGGGCUGAGACCCCAGGGCCCAGGCCACCAGCUUAGCCUUCAUGAUCCCAGGCCAGGGUCCCUUUGGGGUCUGUGCUUUUCUCCCACUAGCACCCCCACCUGGUCCUCCAGGGCCCCCACCUUGGAUUUCAGGGUAGGGCUCGGACUCCUGUCCUUCUGUCCUGCAUGACCUCGGAUUCCUCACUGGAGGUGACCAGCUCUUGUCUCCAGCUCUGCAGACCAGGCGAGGGUGAGCACAGGUAGUGGGAGGGGUCAUCCUCCUGGGCAGAGGGGUUCCAAGAACAGGGCUCUGGUGGGCCCGGGCUGUUGGGAGGGGCCACAAGCCUUAUGCUCUGCGUUCCCUGUGCCAGGGUCUCAGGCCUCAUUUGAGAAGCCCAGGCUCACCCCCAGGUCCUCCAGCUGCCACCCUUCGUGGCAUG